UCAUAACAUAAAUGGAUUGAAGUUUAUCAAAUAAAGGCGGCUAUUUUAAAAAACUUGAAAAUAUAAAGAGUAUGUUAUUAAAAUAGGAAUAUAAGAAAUAUUAUUAAAAUUUGAGGAUCGUGAUUUUACUUUAAAUCAUAAUGUUUAAAAUGACAUUGAAAGGAAACUAACUGGUUUAAACAAGAUAAUUAACAAAAUGGCGACAGGUGGACAAAUCAAUACGGAUAUUCUUUCAGAUGAAAUAUUUGAUGUAUUAUGUUCAAUGUGUAAAAAUCAAGGCAAAAACGCCGAAGGUGUAAAAUACUGUGUAGACUGUAAAGAUUAUUUCUGUGUUAAUUGUGUAAAAGUUCACAGUCAGGUACCUGUUUUAGUUGGUCACAAGGUGCUGGAUAAAUCUCAAGUCAGGUCAGGAACCAUUAAAGGUCUACCGAGGGUACCAGCUGAGAGAUGUGACAGACAUAGCCAUAAACACAUUGAUAUGUACUGUCAGAACCAUGAUAAUGUUGGCUGUUCUACAUGUAUGGCAGUUGAUCAUAGAUUAUGCAAGGACACUUUCUACAUACCAGAAUUUAUCCAAAACAAUACUUACAAAGUUGCAUCCAGAGAAAUUCAAUCAAAACUGAAAACCUUAAUCAAGACCCUUGCAGAACAAGCGGAUAGAUUUAAACAUGAUAAACAAAGGCUGCUAAAGAGAAAAGCAGAAAUACUAUCUGAUAUCAGAAAAUUCCGUCAAGAAAUCAAUGAAUAUCUUGACAAGUUGGAGAAAAGUUCUAUCGAUAUGAUAGAAAGUAAAGUCAAAUGUCUUGAGGACAAAAUAGAAGAUGGUCUCAAACAGCUACAAGCAAACAAGUCCAGGGUUACAUCAGCUAAUGAUAAAUUAGCAUCUUCAAAAACCACAAAUCAAGCUGAAGAAUUUGUUUAUGUCAAGAUGGGAGAAAAUGCUGCAAAUGUUGCCAACAAAUAUAUAGAAGAUGCAAAAUUCCAAAGUACAGCAGAAGACAUAGAGUUUCAACCUGAUAGAACAAUUCUUACACAGCUAGAACAAAAGAAGACCCUAGGCAUACUUUCAGAGAAACCUACAAAGACUGCUGCCAAUUUAUUUCAGAUUAAAGGAAAUCAAUCAUACAAUAUAAAAGUUAAGUCUGAUAAAAACAAUUGUUAUAUCACCAGUGCCUGUUGUAUGGAUGAUGGUACAAUCAUUCUAGCUGAUAACAAAAACAAGAAGCUUAAACGGUUACACAGUUAUAACUAUACAGUCACAGACUACUGUGAUCUUCCUGGAUAUUCACAUCAAGUAUGUAUGAUCAAUAACACAGAGGUAGCAGUAACUGUUCCAUUACAAAAGGAGGUUUAUUUCGUUUCUCUACAAAGACAAAUGAAAACAACAAACAAGAUUAGCACUGAUUUUGAAUGUUAUGGUCUUGCAUAUGCAAACAAUAAUUUAUAUAUUUCAAAUAAUAGCACAUCAGUAUAUGUGUAUACAUUAUCUGGUAGGAAGCUUAAUCAGAUCAGUAAGGAUCUGUCAGGACGUAAGAUGUUCUCUAACAUAUGCAGUCUAGCUGUCAGUCAGAAUGCUACAAGGAUUUAUGUUGCUGAUUACAAUAAUGGACUGAUAGUACUGGACCACAAUGGUCAGGUUAUUACAUCAUUUAAUGGUGAACAAUUAAAGUGUGCUUACUUUUGUUCUCUCACUGAAGCAGGAAGUGUGCUAGUAUCUGUAAAUAACUCCAAUAAUGUUUUACAGUUUACAUGUGAUGGGGAACUGAUUGGAGAGGUUAUAAAAGCUGAUAGUAGAAAAGGGCAAAUUAGAUCAGUCUGUUGUAAUCAACGAAUGACUAAGAUGUGUAUAAGCAGACAGGGAAAUGACAAUAUUGAAGUGUAUGAUAUCUAACCUGUUAAGUAAAUAUAUGAACCACUAUCAAUAAAAAUAUUAUUUAAAGAAUAUCUUGAUUCAUAUGUAAAAUACAAUUUUCAAACAUUAAAUGUAAAAAGAAAAACAGGAACUUAGAUAACUUUAUUGUGAUUAGUAUACACAUGUACAAUUUGUAAUGAUACUAGUUUAAUUCAUUGUGAAUAUAAUUUAAUUAUGUUGUGAAAAAAUCAUUUGAUUUAUCAUAUACAUUAUAUUGUUGCAUUCUGAUUUGUUCUUAAUACAAAAUUGAUAUUUUUUAAAUUGGAUGUUGUGUAAAUGAGAUUGUAUCCAUGUGUAAAAUAAAUGUAUAAUUUAA